CUUCAACCAAUUGCUACAGUACAACCCAAGUUAAACCACCACACAGCAAGUCUGCAACCAUAUUCUACUCUUUCAAACCCUAAUCAAACCCAACACAUUAUUAACCCACAAAACAAAACAAAACAAAAAAACCCAAAAAUUAAAAUUAAAAAAAAAUCACACCUUUAAAAAGUUUUCCCACACUUUCUCUCUCUUUCCAUUCAAAACAAUAUAUAUUUUUUGAGUUCUCUCUCAAUAUUCCAUAUUGAAUCUCUUCCGGUGAGAUUGGAUCUGAGUGUUUUUGCAGACCCAUCAAUCCGGAAGAGAAAAAAAAAUCCCAAUUACCUCAGGUUGUUUGGUGAUUCAAUUUCUAGGGUGGGGUUUUUUUUUUUUUUUUUUGUUGGAUCUGAGAAAUUUAGGGUUUUUGAAGGGUUUGAUAAGGUGGGAAAAUCAGAGAGAAAUUUGGGGCUGCCAAUGCCAUUAUUGGUUUGGUUUAGAAAGGAUUAUUUUUCGGUGGUUUUUUUGAGACCGAAAAGGCUUCAUUUUGAGCUCAUCAAUGUCUUGGGCAGGCCCUGAAGAUAUCUACCUCUCUACCUCUCUUGCUAGCUAUCUUGACAAGAAACUUCUUGUACUUCUGCGAGAUGGUCGAAAGCUCUUGGGGAUACUCCGUUCUUUUGAUCAAUUUGCCAAUGCUGUUCUUGAGGAGGCAUGUGAGAGAGUUAUUGUUGGUGAACUUUAUUGUGACAUCCCUUUGGGCCUAUAUAUAAUUCGUGGGGAGAAUGUUGUUCUAAUUGGCGAGCUGGACUUGGAGAAAGAGGAACUUCCCCCACAUAUGACUCGUGUUUCAGCAGCAGAAAUUAAAAGGGCACAGAAAGCAGAAAGGGAGGCUUCAGAUCUUAAAGGUACCAUGAGGAAAAGAAUGGAAUUCCUUGAUUUGGAUUAAUGAGAUUUGCUACUUCAUGAAGUUCUUCACAUGUCGACCCGCAAAUAUUAUAGCGGCAUUUCUCUUUUCAUUUCUUUUUUUAAUUUGUUCUUUCUUUUUCCCCAUCUUUUGGCUGGUUGGGUAAUGUUAGAUCUUAGAUGGUCAAAUCUUUGGGAAUUAGAAAUUUAGAAUUUGAAGUUUGAACGUUGUUCAAAUUCGUUCUGUGUAAUAUUUGUUUGAGUGAUUACAUCAUACAAGUAUUUGUUUGCUUUAGAA